AGUGGUGCCCUUCCCUGAGAAAGUGUGGAUUAAACAGCAGCCACAGGCGCUGUGCCCACGUGGGAUGUGUCCCACGUUAGAGCACCGCCCCUCAAUCGCUGGACGCAGCUGCACAGAAACUACUGCCUGUCAGUCUGAGGACGCACUUUACUUUCCACAGCAGUCCCGCAGCUCGAUUAACCGAAGGCACAGGAAGAAAGACGAUCUUGCGCAUAUCAGAAGACGGGGCAUGAUGGUGCGGGCCAAGCUGAGGGUGUAGCCACAUCUGGCAGAGACCGCUGAAGUAAGCAGGCGCCUCAGUACACCAGACCAUCUACUGCAGCUGGGAAGAUGGGAGAGACAGAGGAGGAGAGGGACAAUGUAGGGAAGCUGUUUGAGAACUUCAUCCAGGCCUCGACCUGCAAAGGAGCCCUUCAGGCCUUUAACGUCCUCUGCAGAUGCCACAACCUCGACCCCGCAGAGCACAGCACCUUCUACAACAGUCUGAAGGCGAAGGUUACUUCCUGGAAAGCAAAAGCGCUUUGGAGUAAGCUCGACAAGAGGAUGUCCCAUAAGGAGUACAGAAAAGGCCAAGCCUGUGUGGGCACUAAGUGCCUCAUCAUUGGAGGAGGUCCCUGCGGCCUGCGGACUGCCAUUGAACUUGCCCUACUGGGUGCCAAAGUGGUGGUGAUUGAGAAGAGGGACUCUUUUUCCAGGAACAACGUGCUGCAUCUUUGGCCCUAUACCAUUCAUGACCUGCGGGGACUCGGGGCCAAAAAGUUCUACGGAAAAUUCUGUGCCGGAGCCAUCGACCACAUCAGCAUUCAGCAGCUGCAGUUGAUCCUGCUGAAGGUUGCCCUGAUUGUUGCCGUGGAGUUUCACAUCAAUGUGGAGUUUGUCAACCUGUUGGAACCUCAGGAAAAUGAAGGGGUUGGGUGGAGGGCUGCAAUCCAACCUGCUGAUCACCCCGUGGCUAACUUUGAGUUUGAUGUGGUGGUGGGGGCUGAUGGACGCAGAAAUACCCUGGAAGGUUUCAAAAGGAAGGAGUUCAGGGGUAAACUGGCAAUUGCCAUCACAGCCAACUUCAUCAACAGGAACACCACCGCAGAGGCCAAAGUAGAAGAGAUCAGUGGAGUGGCUUUCAUCUUCAACCAGAAGUUCUUUCUUGACCUCAAAGAAGAGACAGGUAUUGAUCUGGAGAACAUUGUGUACUACAAGGACAACACACAUUACUUUGUCAUGACUGCCAAGAAACAAAGCCUGCUGGACAAGGGAGUCGUCAUCAACGAUUACUCAGACACAGAGAUGCUGCUGAGCGGUGAAAACGUCAACCAGGAAGCUCUUUUGUGCUACGCCCGAGAGGCUGCUGACUUUGGCACCAACUACCAACUUCCCACACUGGACUUUGCCAUGAACCAUUGCGGGCAGCCAGAUGUAGCAAUGUUUGACUUCACUAACAUGUACGCCUCUGAGAACGCUGCUCUGGUCAGGGAGAGAUUUGGACACCAGUUGCUGGUAGCACUGGUUGGCGACAGUCUGCUUGAGCCCUUCUGGCCAAUGGGAACAGGCUGCGCCAGAGGCUUCCUGGCUGCCUUCGACACAGCCUGGAUGGUAAAGAGCUGGGCGCAGGGUCAGCCGGUCCUCGAAGUGCUGGCAGAGAGGGAGAGCAUUUACCGACUACUACCACAGACAACCCCUGAAAACAUUGCCAAAAACUUUGAGCAGUACACCCUAGACCCAGCAACUCGAUACCCCAACCUGAACUCUUCCUGUGUGAGGCCUCACCAGGUGCGUCAUUUGUACAUUAGCGGACAGCUUAACCCGUGCUCUCUCGAGCGUGCCGCUACCAUACGACGGCCUGUCAAUCUCUCCAGACGAGACUCAGAGGUCAGACCAGCGAGGCUUCUCACAUGGUGCCAGAAGCAGACGGAAGGCUACAGGAAUGUGAUAAUCACAGACCUGACGUCUUCUUGGAAAAAUGGCAUCGCCCUCUGUGCCCUCAUCCACAGAUUCAAGCCUCAGCUGAUAGAUUUUGACUCAUUAAAUGAGGAGGACCACGUUGCAAACCUCCAGCUGGCGUUUGACAUCAGUGAGCGGGAAUUUGGGAUUCGUCCAUUCACAUCUGCGAAGGAGCUGAGUGAAGAGGAGGAGCUGGAUAAAACCAAGAUGAUCAACUACCUGUCCAAGUUCUACGAGCUCUUCCGUGGAACGCCUCUACCUGCAUCAGGUUCCAGAGGAGUGGAUGAAAACAAUGAAGAUUAUCCGUCGAAGGAAGUCAAAAGUAAUAAUAAUGUGCUCAAUCUUGCACUGACCAGGAAACGGGUGCCAAAGGAAGAGAAGAAGCCAGACGGUACAGACCCUAUUUACAAAAGAAGGCGGAAGUUCUGCUAUUUGGAGGAGGCCACUAACUUGGCCAGUAAUGGCUCCACAGUACGAGACAGGCCGGAUCCAAAGGAAAAUAAAGUGCGCUCUAUGGCUACGCAGUUGUUGGCCAAGUUUGAAAAUAAACCGAACUACACCAUCCGCAAAACACAGUCAGAUUUGGAGGAGUCCUCAGUCCUCCGUACUCUCGACCUCACUGACGGUCUGCGCGUUAAACUCAGACCUCCGGUCCCACCCAAACCUUCUCCUGUGACACAGUUUGAAGUCAGUAUCAGAAAAGCAGCGCAACAGUUAGUCCGCCUGCCUCCAAAGACUCAGACCCAGCUUCAGCCCCCACAUCCAUUUUCUGUAGUGAAGCUCAGACAUGUCGAUCUAGCGCAUGCUGAGACGAAGCCUCAGCUGGAGGGUGCAGACCCCCCUGUUCCUCCUCCCUCCUGCCAGUCAGCAGUCCAUUUCAUGACAAGAGUCCUCCAUCGGCUCAAGGAGGUGGACGAACACAUCUCCGAGAAAAAAGCUCAGACACAACAGGUUAGAGAGUUUCAUGCAAAGAGUAUAAAGGAAAAAGCCGUCCACCUUAGCGGGUUGUUCUCAGGAAACAGCUCUGAUGUACUUAAGGGCGGCUCAGUACGAAGGGCGUUUCCCCCGUCGGGUGACAAAUGUCACUCGUGUCAGAAGCGUGUUUAUAUGGUGGAGAGGAUCUGCACCGAGGGGCUUUACUUCCACAGGGAGUGUUUCCGCUGUUCGACCUGCAGCUCUGUUCUUCGACAGGGAGCGCAUGCUUUCCACUCUGAAGAGGGGAAACUCUACUGCAAACUGCAUUUUGAUCAGCGGAACAAUGGCACGAGCAUACGGAGGACUUUCUCUCUACCCUCAGUGAGACCUAAUCGUGAUAGCAUUCAGGAGCGACGUCCUGCUGAUGAAGAUAUCACCCCCUCCAGCAGUCCGGCAGACCUGCAGAGUGAACCCGCAGCAGGUACCUUCAGCUCGUUCAUGAGGAAACAGCUGAGCUGGCCUCUGAGUGUGACCCGUGCUGUGUGCAACGCCCCCCGGUAUCUGUCCCAGCGCGCGUGUCAUGCAGCACGGGCCUUCGCCGGCCACCUGAGAGACAACGCACAGGACUAUACGUUGCUGUAUGAGCUACUGAGCAUGAGCUUGCCCCUGCUGUUUGUUUUACAAGAAGUACUGCUGCAGAUGUACACAGAGGCUGUGCCUGAUGGGCCGAGCUCUUUAGAGCCUUUACUGCUGUGGCUGCAGGAACAUAUCAGGCAGAGGAUAAUCUAGACUUUCAGCUGCAAAAAUUUAACCCUCAACAUUAAACCAGAGGCAGAGGAGUUCAUUAGUUGCAGCGUCCUCAGCCUGUUAUCAUUUUGUACAUGUGCACAAGCACCUUCCUGAUGUUUACUUACUUUUUAUGAUGACACUGUAGGUAGAUGUGUGGGUGUGCUGGGUGUGCACCAGCCAAAGAAGACACACUGUAGGCUACUUAUGCAAAUUUUUUUGGUUUACUUUCAGCAGUUUACUUUGGGGCAGUUUGUCAUCCAAAGAAAACUGCAUCAAAUAAUUUUGCAGUGGGUUUGAUGAGUGAACUGUUAUAAUAUAUUGGACACAGGUUAAAGAGUAAAUAGGCAAGUAAAUCAAACAAGCCACGAUCAGAACAUUGGAGCCUUUAGGCUAACUUUUUACAAACUGCCUUGUGAAACUGGCCCUGCAGUUAACUGGGAUUAUGACUGACUAACUUGAUGCACUUUAACUUUGAGAACUGCCAUAUCAAUGUAGCAGCAGACAUUUGUCACAUUUGACAAAAGCCUGUUCUCAUAUUAACAGUGACUGCAAGGCAGGCUUUCAUUUGACUAUGCAUAUGUACUAAAGACAUUUUAAUAUGUAUGCAGGCAUGUCUUUUAACAGUCAUGAAAGCAGUUUUUUUUAUUAUCAUUUUAUAAAACAAACUCUCUGUUUACUCUCAACAACUUUUUUUUUUUUUUUGAUAACACCAAAGGAUAUUUGACACUAUGGACUGUCCUAAAUACUUUUAGGUAUUUAGUUCAACUUUGCUGCCAUCUGCUGUUCACUCAGAACAAAUAUAUAGAAUUGUGGUCAAUUUAUAGCCGUGUGUGGCUCCUUCACAGCCACACACGGCAAUUAAAUUUAAAAUAACCGAACAGGUUAAUAUUUGGUCUAACUGAGAAAAACAGGAAACGCAGGGUCAGCAGCACAGGGUGGCCCCACCGGAACGGAGAGAUUUUCCGUUUUGCUGUAGACAAUAGAAGCGGUGAGCACGCUGUGAUGCGUUUGAAUGUGCUUGCCGCUCUUGCCGUAAUCUGAAAGCACGAUGGUGGACAAUCAACUGUAAACCUCUCUGACUAGAAGCCACAUAGUUGCUUCCUAUUUAGACAAUCUAUUGAUGCUCACGAAGCACUUUAGAGUAUUUUUUAAGGAUUUGAAAAGCGUCUGGCAUUAUUGUAAGCAUUUGAUGACACUAUGUUUGUGUUUUGUUCUCUGCUGCCUUAUAAUUUGUGUUAAAUUACAGAAUCGUGUGAUCUUAUUUUCCGUGCUGUGCAGGUGGAAAACAUGUUUUGUUUUGUUUUUUAAUACCAAAGAACAGUUUUCAAGCAAACUAACUGGACUUGCUUCUGUUUAGCAAGUUGACAGUCAUGCAAACUGUAACGUGCACAACGGUGCCAGCAUUAACUCUGAAUGUCAGUAUUGUGCAUCGAUUUCAUAAACGUUUUCUAUCUUUGUGCA